AAAUAAGCGAUGACGCCAUCAAAAGAAUGGAUAUUGAAUCGGCUAUGCAGGCCUGAACAAAUAUUUCUUCGAAAAUUUUCUUGAAUUUUACAGCAGAGACAAUAAUUUCUCCACUCUUCACAAAUACUCGCGAACUUUGCAAAGAAGUUACGAAUCUCAGCUGUAUGAAGCUGCCCGAAAACAACCUACUAUGAGACUGCUAGACAUCACCCUCACAAGAUCGCCAUAUGGACACUCGUUUACAAUGACAUGGGUGCUGACGUUGGCCGUCAUGGCAACAGUUCAACAAAUUAACGGAACAUCCUUUCCGGAAUCAUCUGAAGACAAAGAAGAGGUAACAACGACUAUAAAGGAAAGAGGAUCGGAAACUAAGACGCACCUGCGUACCAAAGAUGUGGAUCAAGGGUACAGCGGUCUUGAGAAAGAUGUGGAUGACCCACAAGGUGUGUACCCGGAAUUCACUUCCGAAGAGGCCGCUAAGGCUAUAAAGGACGUACCGAAAGAUACGGAGGACGGCGAUGAAGAAAAAGAUGAUGAGGACCCCGAAGAUGUUGUCCGGCCUCCAGCACCCGUAAAGAUGAAGCCGCAAAAGAGAGCGGUGAAAGUGUUACUGGGCAAGAGACCGAGACAGUGGCCCCCAGACGUAAUGUACAAGCUUACCGAUAUCCCGACUACACCCAAAUGGACAGGUCAAAGCCAUGGAAAUGUUCGCCAUCAGAAGCCUUUGGCUAAUCCCAGAGGCACGGUCCAGGUCAUUGUAAAGAAAUUAAAAGAGGGUGAUACAAAUAACAGCACGCCACUGGCAGUUUAUCAGAUUUUCAUUGCUUCAAAAAAAUCGAACGACACUGCCGUCAAUUCCAGCUCCUUACUGACGAAAUCCCCUCCUGUCAGGCGACGCCGAAGAGCAAUUUCCGAGACAGCUUACCAGCCACCCGCAUUCAAGCCUCUGCAGAAAGUUUCCCCUCGGCAUGUUAACCCACCUGCACAAAGCUGGCAAGAAAAAAAUGAAGGCGGUGAAAAGAUUAGAGAAGAAGAUAACGACGACAGUGACAGUGAUGCUGUGAUCGAUAAAGACAAACUGGACAGGACUCUGCAGAAAAGCCAUUCUCAGGUUGAAACCAACGGUGUCGAAAUGGAAUCAGAUGACGAUGACUAUGACCACAAUGAUGUUAAGUACAUGCCUUCAAAGACAUCGAAGACAAAAAGAAUGGAUGGCGACAUUACUGACAAUCACAAAGACAACAACGAUGACGACAGUUACAAAGGUGCUGAUUGUUCAGAAAGUGAAGAGUACACUGAUGGCGAGUCUGAAAUCAGCAAGAAGGAACAGAAUACUAUCCACUUUAAACCAUUCCUACCGUCCCAGAAACCUCAGACACCAGGUCCCAAGCAGAAGAUACAAACAAAGCCUCAUUGGAGAAGGUUCCUGAAAGCCCCCGUAAUGAAAGUUGUCGCGCUUCAAGACCAGGAAGGCGAAUACUAUGAUCAGAAAGACAUCGAUUAUCAGGAACUUGAAAUUGCCUCCACGGAAGAAGACUCACUGCAGGAUUCUCUCGUCGACGAGCUGGAAGGCAUAGGGACUAGCGCCGAGAAUUUGAAUGACAUGUCCAAUACCCGGGUGAGGAGAAGGGCCAUUCUCGCUGCCGCACCAAACAUGUUCCAGAAGCGAUCCUACGACCUCCGCGACAUCAUCAGGGAGAUCGACGAGGAGGAGGACGAAGAUAUUGAAACCGACGACUUCGAAAAUUUGAUUACAAACCACAUCCACGGAGAGGAGACCGAACAUGAUGACGUGGAGGAAGAGAUUAUCAUGCCUCGAGAGGAGACCGAACAUGAUGACGUGGAGGAAGAGAUUAUCAUGCCUCGAGAGGAGACCGAACAUGAUGACGUGGAGGAAGAGAUUAUCAUGCCUCAAGAGGAGACCGAACAUGAUGACGUGGAGGAAGAGAUUAUCAUGCCUCGAGAGGAGACCGAACAUGAUGACGUGGAGGAAGAGAUUAUCAUGCCUCGAGAGGAGAGGGGUGCUGCAAAUGUCGAUGAGAGGAAAGCAGAAUAUGUCAUGACGAGACCAAAAGCGAUAGCAAAUGCUGAGGCAAACGGCGAUGUAAAGAAGAUUGCAGGAGAGCCGCGCGACGCUGGCAGGGAUGUACGGUCUCAAGAAAGGGAGCGAAAGCAUGCCGAUAAUCGUGAUGAACGCGUGGACUUCACAAGGCGCAAGCAAAAGAGGGAUGACUCCCACGCUUUUCUUCAGACGAUAGACACAGAGUUCUCCCUCGUUCCUCCAGCGGCCCGAGUGCUGCCCAGCAUCACACCCUCGAGAGCAGACACACGGCACACCAUGGAAUUCUUUCACGAUGAGACGAGAAGAGAAGGGAAGCACAAAAAGAAAAAGAGGCAAGCGGCUGGAGAAUGGUGGAAAGACUCUCCUCCAGCAGACUCUAACGAUUCCGGUGGUUUGAAUGUGAGAGCGACUCAUUCGCGGUCGAUAGCAGCCAUGGACUCAAUCCAGCAGCAGGACAUAAAGGCAUCACCUGCUGAUGACCAUAAUUACCCUCUCCAAGAAGAACCGCAGGAAAGAAGUGGCGUUAAAGUCGGCGAUAGCUUUGGCUCUUUCGACGAAACUGUCAAACAAGAUGAAGAAAGAGAGGAGGAAGACGAUUCUAGUGAUCUUACUAAAAAGCGCGGAACACAAACUCUAAGGCCACAACGGAGUCAGGCUAAUGGGAAUGAAAACAAAAACAUCCCAGAUGAUUCCAAUGACACCGGGGGCUUCAACAUUCGCAUGUCUCAUGGCCGACCUCACGUACAUUACGACAACGAAAAUUCAGCCAACAAAUUUCCUGAUUCUUCCCUUCAGAAAAUUGAUGAAUCAGAGCCUGACGAGUAUCGUGUUCCUCUGGCGUUAUCGGUAGGUGGUACUGAUGUGCCUACUAUCAUGCCGAUUUCUUCGCAUGACGCCCUUCAUGACAUGCUUAACAUUCCGCGUAAUUUACAUGAUGCUAGCCCGACCACAUCCCUAAAAGGACUUGAUCAGCAGAGAACUUCAACUACUGCGUUACCGAUGACGACUGCGCACAGACAACAGAAGGAUAUCUCUGUCAAGACUCCGCUGCCAUCGACACCAAACGUGACACCUGGCGCUGCUUCUGUUGCUGCUGAAAACAACUCGGUAAAUACAAAAAAUUACAAUGUUUCUUCGGAAGCAAAUCAGUCCUUGAAGAACCUCAACAGAGAUGAAACUUCUUUGCACGCGUGGUUUAACGACGGUAACGUCACUGCGUACAUCCAUUCACAUGGAGCAUAUCUCGAAGAAGGCAUUAUGAAAGAAAGACAGAAGAAGGCGCUGGGUAGCACGAAAAAGAAAAGGUCUAUGACGACGGGGAAUACCGGUACAAAGUGGCUCAACCUGGAAAGAAGUGCCUAUCGUCCCAUAGGGAAGUUCGAAAUAUUUCCACCAAAUGGAGAAAACUUUGCUGACAAAGCAGUUCUCAUUCAAAAUGGAAACAAAUAUACUUUAGAAUCUGCUACUAACGGAGAAGACGACAGCCGGAGGACUCCAAAUCGAUCCACAAGGUCAACUAGGUCUCUCAUACGUCACCCCUUGAAGCCCAGAGAAUACAGCCACAGAGAGGACGGCAGCGGCACAAUGAGAAACUCAAGACGAAGGCGUUCAACAGACGUGGGAUCACAAACUGUCGCCAGCCAUGCGCCUAUCAAGAGACGUUCGUUGCAGAAGCUGGACAUCGCCACCAGGUACAAAGACGCUGACCGAACCCUCGACGACAUCCUCUACAACGUACUGCCAGAAUCUAGGGGUCAUGUCGAGCUGCCCAACAUGGGUAGAGAGCUGAAAGCGAUGGUGGUGAAGGACAGAGUUGUUAACCCUUUGACCGAGGAAGAUAAAGAAUUGGAUCACGUGAUUGGCGUCCUCACCAAUUAUCAUAGAAUGCCAUCUGUGGUGCUUGACGUAAGGAAAGGAGAGGGUCGGCUCGUGCCUCCAAGGGACUCGAAGUUUGACAACAUAAUUAUCAGGAACGAGAGAGAAGCCCCCAAGACUAGACAGCUUAAUCACAGAGCAAGAGCGAAGCAUACGCCUCAGGAAGAAAACAAUUUAAACUCCGAUGUGCAAAACGAAAGGGCAACGGACAAAGUAGAUGAAGAGAAAGCUCCGGGCUACGAGGGAGAAGAAGCCAAAAAGGAAAAGAUAAGCGAGAAAAAUAUGUCAGAGAAAGAGAGGAUCAUGGGAAGGGAAAUGACUCGUGGCGUGCUGAAAAGACCUCCGAGCAGCAGUCUCUUAGGCUCGGCCGACAAUGACGAGACAGCUCGAAUAGAGAGAGAACUCCAAGAGCUGAACAACAGAGCCGUGGCACCCUCAACGCGGAAUGAUCACGCAGAAAGCGGUGCUAGACGCUGGCACAUUCAGCCCCGGGAUCUUUCGACAGCCGCUGCAGAGGACAUUAGAAUACAGGAAGAGGCCGCACGAAGAGAACUGGUAGCGGUGCAAACGGCCGCUGCUGUAGACAAUGCCGUUCGUAAGGCCUUGCAGAAAGUAAAGGAAAAUAUUCGACACACGCGGAAUGUUAAUGGUGAUAUCAUCGAUAAUCUUCUGCAGAGUGACGAAGGGUUUAAGGCGACGGGAGGAAAAGAAGAAGGGGACUCUGAUGGCAGCGAUGUCUAUUACAGUGAAGAUGAGGACCACAGACGUAAGCGCAAUUCUCCUUUCGUGGACGAAGGCAUCGAUGGAGAUGUUUUAGACACCUACAGGAAAAAACGUAGUGUAUCUUUUGGGACAGAUGGCGCCGUUGGUUCUGCUAGAGCUGGCGGUCAAAGAAAGGAUGUCCAGGGACAAGCCAUUCGUCUUGCGGAAGCUGCUGGAACAGUAGAUAGGACGGGAACUAGGGAAGGAGCUGGGGCAGGAGCUAGGUUUGAGCCUGAAGUAAGCGAGGAGACUGACCUCAACGUAGACGAUAUGCUGAUAGGCAUCAAGCAGCUGGCAAACAAAGUUGAGAAUGAGAGCCACAAGGUGCAGAGAAUCUUGCGCAAGGUCGACUCCUAUACUGGGCGCCAUAGUGACAAUAAGAAUGAAGAUGACGGUGAACAUGAAGAUGAUGUCGACGACGAGGAGAUCAACGUGGAGGUCAACAACGAGGUCAAUGAGGAGGAUGACGACUACAAUGCCAACGACGAGGCCUUUACCGACACCAUGAUCGUCUCCGCAGUGGACAAAGCUGGACAAUUGAAGGUACAGGAGGGCAACAGUGAACCUCUCGUUUUUGAAGAAGAUGACGACGGUCCAAACUCUGGCUACUCCCCUUGGAACGAAUGGAGUUUUUGCAGUGUUUCCUGUGGUUUUGGUCGCCGACACAGGUCAAGAUCAUGUACAGAUAUUAGUCGUUGCACGGCCGGUAAUGAAGAGGAAGACAUUUGCAUGCUCUACCCUUGCAAAUGAAGUGCUCUCCCCUAUUUUUUCCCACUAAUUUACAAUAGGAGAAAACGAGCAAUGCACUACUACCAAAUCAGACACCGUUUACAUAGCCACAUGACGACAACAUAUGGAAUCUUUUCAAGUACCGUAAUGUCCUUUUCUUUGAGAUACUUUUACUCUUUAUUUGCAAACAUUUUCAACAGCGUUUGUAAUUUUAGAACUCUAGGAGUUUACACUGUUCUGAAAAUAUGUGUCCAGUGACUAUUUUGCGAGAAAUUUUCUUGUAUUGUAUUCAAAUUACAACUAAAAUCUUUGCAGAGAAAGAAACCGUACCAACAAAACGCAUUCUUGAUAAAUUGCUUCCGAUAACUACAACCCAUUCACCAAUCUUGUUUCUUCUGACUGUCUAAACACUACAGUAUCAUACUUUAUAUCUUCCUUGAAGAAAGCUAAGUGUAAGAUAACAGUAAGGCAUCAUGUAUGUUCAAUGCAAGCUGUGACAAAGGAAGUUUGAAUAAAUCUAUAAACGAA